CAAAAACGCUCUGCUAGGUCGAGUAAGCUGUUUACAUAUCCAGUCACAGUGUGGCUCAGCAGGGCCUUUUUGCUUCCACAUUUGGACAAAGAGGGCACCCGUUGCCGUCAACUGCCCUCCUCCACUCCUGCCGCCCACUCCAUUCCUUUGUACAUUCCCCUUCUUCGCUUUCCAUUGAGCGUCCUUCGCCAUCAAUUCCUUCCGAUCACCACUCAAAAAAAAGGUCGGCGAACUAGAGCCGUAGUUCCCGAUAUCCUCGUACCCAACCCUUUUUCUCUUUUGUUCGCACGCAUCACACCGCACCAUGUCCAAGCAGCUUAGCAACGCCAUUGCUCGCCAUGUCCUGCCUUUCACAAGGCGGGCCAACAACAUGGCCACGCCCCUUGUCAGUCGCAUGAACAAGCACCAACAAGCAUCCCUUCAGUCGGACGACUUUGUCAAGACAACGCCAGAGCAGAUCUUCACAAAGGAAUCAUCAUCCCAGAACACUUCCUCAGCGACUUCCAAAAACGCCUGGGACGCUAAAGUCACAAAGCUUCCCAACGGAGUCCGGGUCGCGACCGAGGAUAGUCAAGGCCACUUCGCCUCUCUAGGCGUAUAUGUCGACGCCGGAUCCCGAUACGAGGACAAGUCUACCCGCGGGGUGAGCCAUAUCCUUGACCGACUCGCCUUUAAAUCGACCAAGAAUCGGACUAGCGAGGCUAUGAUGGCCGAUCUGGAGGCUGCGGGCGGAAACGUCAUGUGCUCGAGCUCGCGCGAAUCCAUCAUGUAUCAAUCGGCACUCUUGCCUCAGGAUCUCCCCAAGAUGUUGUCGAUCAUGGCGGAUACGAUCCGUAACCCCCUCAUUUCAGAGGUCGAACUGGACGAGCAAAGAAUCUCGGCGGGACAUGAGAUUGAAGAGUACUGGUCGAAACCGGAGAUGAUCCUGCCAGAGUUGUUGCAUACGGUCGCUUAUAAGGAUAAUACGCUGGGGAACCCGUUGUUGUGUCCGAUGGACAGCCUGCAGACGAUGACGACGGAUGAUAUCAAGAGCUAUAUUCAUACGUGGUACAGGCCAGAGCGGAUCGUCGUCUCGGCCGUGGGCGCGGAUCAUGAUAAAGUUGUGGAUUUGACUGUGAAGUUGUUUGGAGAUAUGAAAAGCCCUGCUGCAACUGGAUCAUCAGAUAGGGAUAAGGAUGCAUCAGGAGAAUCAACAGCAGCAGGAUCAAGUCCAGGAUCCUUGAAGGGCGGAUUGUUCAAGUCACUCUUUGGCGGCAAGACCGAGUCCUCAUCGACGGUGCUCACCCCCGAUUACGAGACAUUGAGCCGUCAGCCUGCAAAGUACACAGGAGGCACACUUCUGAUCGAGGACGACAGCCAGCCCUUUACCCAUCUCUUUGUUGGUUUCGAGGGGUUGUCGAUUCAUGACGACGAUAUCUAUGCGCUGGCAACCUUGCAAUUACUGAUGGGCGGUGGAAGUUCGUUCUCGGCAGGCGGGCCAGGCAAGGGCAUGUACUCACGAUUGUUUGUCAACGUCCUGAACCACUACAAUUGGAUUGAGUCCUGUAUGUCCUUUAACCACUGUUACUCGGAUUCAGGUCUUUUUGGCAUUUCUGGAUCGUGCUACCCGGGCUAUGAGACCAUGCUCCUGGAAGUUAUCGUCCGCGAAUUGGAGCUGACGACACGUACAGGUCGGGGCGGCAUUGCGCAGGGCGAACUCGAUCGGGCAAAGAACCAGCUCCGGUCAAGCGUGCUCAUGAACCUAGAGUCAAAAAUGGUCCAGCUUGAGGAUCUGGGAAGGCAGGUCCAGGUCCAUGGGUACAAGGUCCCCGUAGAGGAGUUGUGUGCAAAAAUUGAGAAGGUUACCCGGCAGGAUAUGGUCCGUGUGGCUCGUAGGGUGUUUGGUGGCCAGGUCGGGUUGGUGACGGGCGGAUCGGGCGAGGUAACGAUCGUGGGACAGGGUCUGACGAAGAACUUGCAGGGCGCUGAGAAGGUUUUGGAGAAGUACGGACUUGGAAAAACGGCCAAGUGGUGAAUCAUUUAAGGAAGGAGACGCAAGGAAAUGUUUAUGAGCAUAUUUUUAUGGCCAAAAAAAGUCCUAGAGACAGCACCUUUGUUCAAUAGACUAAUUCACGAAGCAACGUUCGCAUACUUGACAACCCACAGUCAAUGUAUC